AUGAAGCGCCUGAGCUCGCUCUGCUGCAGAAUUUUGCUGAUUCCUGGUGUGCUUGCGGAAAAGGGAAAGGGAUCCUUGAACCUCUGUCUCAGAACAGGAGAACAGGACAAGACUGAAAUAAAGGAUGCUGUGACAUCAAAACCAGUCAUCCAGUUUCAAGGAAGCCAAGGGCACAUCGCCAUCCCGAGGCCCGAUCGACCGGCAGAAGUGCGGACCUUCACCUUUUAUCUCUCCAAUAUUGGCAAGGACAGCCCCCAGGGGAGCUUUGACUGCAUCCAGCAGUAUGUGUCCAGCAAUGGCAAUAUCCAUUUGGAUUGCCUGGGAAGCAUACAGGAUAAAAUCACCGUGUGUGCUACUGAUGAUUCCUACCAGAAGGCGAGGCAGAGCAUGGCACAGGCAGAGGAGGAGACUCGCAGCCGGAGCGCCAUAGUCAUUAAACCUGGGGGGAGAUAUGUAGGCAAAAAGGUUCAGGUGCGUAAACCUGCACCAGGAGCUUCCGAUGCUGUUCCCUCCAGGAAGCGCCCAACGCCAGUCAACCUUGCCAGUGCAAUAAAGAGAGGCAAUAGUGCGAUUUCCCAGAGACCCUUCAAAGAUAGGGUUGUGCACUUACUGGCACUAAAGCCUUAUAAGAAACCUGAACUUAUUCUCAGAUUGCAGAAGGAUGGACUUUCUCAGCAGGACAAGGAUUUGCUGGAUAACCUUCUGCAACAGGUGGCAAAUCUGAGUGCCAAGGACAGCACUUUCACACUGAAAGAUUGUGUAUACAAAGAAGUGCAGAAGGACUGGCCUGGCUACUCAGAAGGAGAUCAGCAGUUGUUGAAGAGGAUCCUCGUUAGGAAGCUGUGCCAGCCCCAGAACAGCGGCGCUUUCCAGGGAGAAGCUCCUUCCCUGAGCCCUCCGAAGGACACCCUCAACUCCAGCUCUCCCCCUCAGAAACGAUCCCAACCUCUGGAGUUCAUCGACCCUCUAGCCAACAAAAAGCCCAGGAUCUCACAUUUGGCUCACAGAACCCAACCCACUCUCAACGGGAAGCUGAAUUCCUCCAACGGGAAGGACACGCCGGCCCCCCCUGCCCUGCCCCCGGCUCUGCCGGAGCCGGUCGGCUCCAGCUCCUCCCUGCCCGCCCUGGAGCUGCCCAGACCCCACGAUCCCCUCUCGGAUGUCAGCAACGACCUGACUCACAACGGCAGAGACUGUGAGAGCACGGAGCCUCCCGACAGACUGAGUCACCCCCUGCCCACAGACUGUGCCCAGAGCAGCAAACACAACUGCGGCUCCUACGUCAAAUCCAAGAAAAAAUCCAAAAAGCACAAAGACAAGGAGAAGGAGAGGAAGGAGAAGAAGAGCGAGGAGAAGUGCAAAGAGGAGAAGCAGAACUGUGAAGUAAUAAAAAACGCUGAUUUAGUUAGUGUUGCCCAGGAGCAGGUGGCAGGUUUAAAUGGAACAUGCAAUAAUUCUAGUGUACCAACAUCAACUUCAGAAAUGCCAGAUUAUUUAUUAAAAUACGCAGCCAUUUCCUCCUCGGAGCAGCGUCAGAGCUACAAAAACGAUUUCAACGCGGAAUACAACGAGUACAGGGACUUGCACGCCCGGAUAGAGCGGAUAACCCGACGGUUCACCCAGCUGGACGCCAAGCUGAAGCAGCUUUUGCAAGGCUCUGAGGAGUACAAGACCAUCCACGAUCAAAUUUUACAGGAAUAUCGGAAAAUUAAAAAGACAAACCCCAAUUACAGCCAAGAGAAGAACCGCUGCGAAUACCUCCACAACAAACUGGCCCACAUCAAAAAACUGAUAGCAGAGUAUGACCAGCAGCAGUUUUAGCUGCCACUCACCCCUGGACUGGGUAGGGCAAACCAAAAUCCAGUCACCCUGGACAGUUUAAGUUCCCUUUUAUACACCCAAAAUCCCUUUCAGAGACGAGCAUUAAUUCCUCGUGGUUGAAGAACUUGGGGAUGACUUUAAGAUGCCAGAUCUGUCAUGUCCACGUCCAGCACGCUCCUCCCGAGUUUUUAAGCCUCUCUGAAUGUUGGAAUGUAACAAAAUGGAUAACAAAAAAAAAAACACAAAAAAAAAAACCAAAACAAAACCCAAACAAACAGAAAAAAAACAAACAAACAAAAAAAUUCUGCUUCUUUGAAGCCAGCGUUUGACACUUAAGGGAAAAACUUGCCUAAAGUGACCGAAGCUCCCAAAGGUUAAGAAUCUGUAGCUUUCAUGGAUUAAAAGUUUGGCAUGAAGUUGUAAUUUCCCCCUGGCCCAGCUCCACGUGGGUUACAAAUUGUCCUACAAAUGGUGAGGAACUGGAAUUGCUGCUAGGACUGUUUGGAAUGAGAGCUGCGUGCUCCCGGCUCCGCGGAAAUACACCAACGUUCCCUGAGCUCUCCUUGUCUGGCCCUGCUUUGUCAUUGUCAUCCUCGGGGGGUGGUGGUGGCAGCACAGGGGGGUCCCCUGGGGCUCAGCACCUUGCCCAGGGCAGAGGUGGAUCCCAAAAAAACCAACCCCAAACCCCCUUCUUUUUAUUUUAUUUUUCCUUUUUGCUUUGUUCUGGUGCAAACCUCCUGCCCAGUUCACCUCCAGUGCUGGGAAGUUGAAGAACCCAUCUGCUUUUGACUUUUCUAAUUUUCUACCGAGGCAACCAGUUUUAUUAAUUGCUAAUGAGACUAUGGUCUAUUUUUGUAUCAAAAAAAAAAAAAAUUAGGAAAGAAAAAAGCUUUUUUUUUUUUUUUCCUUUCUAGAACUGUGCCUCCCUUUUCCUUUUAGGCCAAGUGCUCGGGACCUUUUUUCUUUGCAGUAUUACUAAAACUGACCCAAGAGUCACCCAGAGGAGUGACUUUAUUCCUUGAUCCAUGAGAGGAGGGGGUGGGGGGGUGCUCUGCUCUCUCCUGGGAUAUUUUUUAUUUUUUAUUUUGUGUGUGUGUGUCUUUGCAAGGCAGCAGCAAAUCCUUGUGAGAGCAGCAAGGUGCUGUUUUCCCACGCAGAUCCCUUCCACUGGUGUGCUUUAUCUCAGCCAGCUUCUCCCUGCAGUCCUGCUUCCUGAUUUUUAUUUUUUUUUUUUUUUUAAUUCUUUGGAUUGAAGGGAACGUUUUAGAGUAUGGCCAGGGUGUGAGAAACACUCCAAAAAGCACAAAGGUGUCCUUUAACUCUGCUGUUCCUUUCUUUCUCUCCCCUCUCCCCUUUUUAAUCCUGCCAGCCUGUGGGAUUUGACUUCUUCCCGCUUCCGUUUAUCUCAAAGUAAAGGAUUCCUUCCCUGUGGAGUCUCCUUCCCUUGGAGGUUGCACUGAAGAGCCUUUCACCCUUUGAAGGAGAGGAAUGGCAGAGUUAAGGAGGGAAACACUUCUUCAAACAAGGAGUAACUUGGAGGUUUUUUGGUUUUUUGGUUUUUUUUCCCCCUGCCCCAAACGAAUCGUGGGUCCAUCUGCUGUAUUAAAAAAUAGGAGAUAAAACGAUUAAUAAUUAUUAUUUUUAUUAUUAUAAUUUCAUUGUUGUCACACAGCCAGGGCCACUGCUUUUUGCUUUGUCACUUUAUUCUGAGGUCUCUCCCUGUGCAUCCAGGGCUUGACCGUCCCCUUCUCCCAGGGAAAGGUGGCAGCCAGAGGGACACGGUGGCCCUGGGGACGCCACUGGAAUUCCACCAGUCUCCCACUGGUGCUCAGCCCCAAACCCCUGGAGAAGGAGGGUGGGAAGAGAUUCUGUGCCCAAGGAGCGCAGGGGGAGCACCCCAGAACCCCCCCAGGGCAUUCCUGCUGGGAACCCCGGGGGUCAGGAACGCUUUGCUCCCGUCCCUCCCUUCCCCAGAUCCAACCCCGAGCUCGCCACCUGCCUCUGGUGCUUCUGGAAAAUGCUGGGAGUUUCUGUCUGGAGAACUUGGUGGGGCUCCGUGGGGUUCCUGCCGGGAAUCGCGCGCGGGGGGAGCCCUGGGGAUCCGGGAGGGGACGAGGAGAAGCUGGGAUGUCCCAAAUCCUCAGCCCCGCUCCGGGCUCGUCGCUGCACAGCCCAGCACCUGCCCAGCUCCACCACUCUGGGCUGCAAAAACUGAAUUUCCCCGGUGCUGGGGCUUCGUUCCGGCUGCGGAGGAGGCGGAACUCGGGAUGGCAGAAGAGGCAGCAGCUACAAACCCAGGAUGAGUAAAUUCUUCCAUGGAAACACUUCUCCUGAUCCUUAAUAUUUUACAAGGAGGAGUGUUUGUUGUUUUUUUUUCUUUUUUGUUGUUGUUGUUGUUGCUUGGGGAGGGGGGGAUAGAGAUGGAUCUCAAUCUUUAUACAUCUGCUAUAAGAUAUUUUUGCAAACAGAGUUGUAUACAAAGAUGUAUUGUGUACAUUUACAUGUAUAUUCUGGAACUUCUAAAAAAUUUGAAUAUAAAAAAAAAACCCUGAAAAUAUUUAAUGAAUUAUCCAAACUGUGAGACCCAAUUAGCAUCCACCAACUUCCUGCUUCACUUUUCUUUUGGACUGUGUUAAAGAAUUGUAGUCGAAUCUGCCUUUUUAUUUUUCUUUUUUUUUUUAUUUUUCUUUUUUUUUUUUUUUUUUCUUUUUAGAGACGACGAAGCUUAGGCAAAAUUUUGUGCUUUUUGGGUUAAUAGAAACCAGUUCUAGGUGAUUAAGUAUGAUCUUAACUUAUUGAUACUGUGUUUUACUUUGUAAUAUUGUACUGUGGAUAAAAAAACUAUAUUGAGCCAUGGAGUUGGAGUUUACAAAAGAGCUUUUCACUUUGCCAAAAUGUUACAAUUUCAAGGCAGCAUAGUCUUCAGCUUUCCUAAUCUUUUUUCUUAAGAGCUAGUGUCCUUUUUUUGUACACUAAAAAAGCUGAAUGCUGAUUUUGCAACAUAUAAUAAAUUCACUGUAUUGGAAAACAA